AUGGGAUUCGAAGAUGAACUUCCGCCGGAUAUCGUCCGCUUUUGCGGUUUCAACAUGAAUGGAACCGAUUUUCGGACAAAAUUUCUCUUGGACGAGCGAUCGAUGACGAUCACUCCGUGCGCCGAAUUCGGUCUAAUCUCAAUGCAAUCAAUCCCAUUUCUCUUCUUUCUUGUCGUUAAUAUAUGUCUCGUUGAGCGUCAUUUCCCUCGUUUCCAAACAUCGAAUAUUUGGUGGUUGUUCGUGAUGAAAAUGUGUAUCUCAAUGUUUACAGCGAUGAUGUUAUUCUUGAUGAUUUUGAUUGGAACCUUUUCGUUGUACAGGGUGAAAAGCGUGGUGAUGAUCGAGUAUGGCAUUUUGGGGAUCUCGUGGGCGGUUGCAGGAAUGACUUGGGGUCUCUCAGUGCAUUAUAACAGUUGGACGCGUACGAGAGCGCUGAUCGUCACCGGGUUUUUCGCCUCCAAAUGCACUUUUCUCAUCGCGGCGAAUCGAUGGAUAAUGUUCGGCUUUUUGGAUAUUCGUACCCUUCUCCCGUUCACCGUCGCAAUCGCUCACAUUUUGUAUUCGAUGCUGAACUUUGUCGAGUGGAGAAUCAAGAGAAAUUCUGAUGCUUCAACGGGCCCAUUUUCUCCAUUGGAUGGCCGUCCAUCGGAUUACAUUCGUUUAGAUCGAGAUGCCGAUGAGGAAGCGGGAUUUUUCUCUAAACUGUUUUUCUGUUGGACGAAUGCACUGGUGAAAAAAGGAGGGAAAUAUCAAUUGAAUGAGUUGGACGAUGUUUUCAAUCUCCCACCAACACUCCGUGUGUCGACAAUUGAACGACAAUUCGUCGAGAACUCGCCGACUUUCUUCUCCGAUGCACAGCAGUUCUCGAUCGCGAGAUCUCUUCUCUCCACUUUUGGCGUCCAAUAUUUCUCGUUGGCUAUUUUACGAAUCAUUGCCGAUGCUUUCAACUUUGCAAGUCCAAUUCUUUUGCAUCUUCUUGUCAAUUCUUUGGAGGAUACAAAUCCAAGAAAUGACAGUUUCCUCUAUGCCUCUCUUUUGAUCAUUUGCUGCUUUGCUGGAGCGAUUAUCUUCACUCAUUUCUCAUAUUAUGUUGAAAAGAUUUCUCUAAAAGUGAGAGCGGCUACUGUAAUCGCGAUCUACGACAAAUUGCUUAAAGUUCCUUUGGCCGAAAUGUCCUCAUUUUCGUCAGGGCAAAUUCUCAAUUUCAUUUCAACGGACGUCGAUCGAAUUGUAAAUUUCUGCAAUUCCUUUCACGCUUUCUGGAAUUUACCACUUGAAUUGGUGAUCACGCUGUAUCUUUUGUAUAGAGAGGUUGGAAUGGCGUUUAUUUCUGGUCUUUUGGCAGCGAUUAUAUUGAUUCCAAUAAACAAAGUGAUCACAUCGAAAAUUGGGAAAAUGAGUGAGAAAAUGAUGACAGCAAAGGAUCAUCGGGUUAAGAUGAUCACCGAAGCAAUGCAUGGGAUUCGCACCGUCAAACUCUGCGCAUGGGAGGACUAUUUUCAAGAGAAAAUCGGGAGAUUAAGAGCGAAAGAGUUGAAAUAUUUGAAAGCGAGGAAAUAUCUGGACGCAAUUUGUGUCUAUCUUUGGGCGUCGGCUCCACUUCUCAUCACGAUCUCUAUCAUUGCCACAUAUACACUCGUCUUACACGAAAAGUUGACAGCGGCUAAGAUCUUCACAGCUCUAGCUUUGGUCAAUAUUUUGAUCAUGCCGUUGAACGCUUUUCCAUGGGUUUUGAAUGGACUCGUUGAGGCUCUCGUUUCAGUUAAACGACUCGAAUGGUUCUUCGCGUUGAAAGAGUUCGAUCUGCACGAGUUCUACAAUUUGACACAAAAUGAAAAGGAGUUAAUGAGCGUGAGAAGAGGAUCGUUUUAUUGGAAAGAUUCUUCGGAGAAACGCGUUUCGAAUGUGUCGAUCACUGGGGAAAAGGGUUCAAUAGUUGGCGUUUAUGGAGAGGUCGGUUCGGGAAAGUCGACUUUUCUGUUGGGACUUCUCGGCGAGACUCGAGGAGAAAAUUCGGCUAUCGGAUUACGACAAGAAAGCGUUUCACAAGGAAUCGCCUACAUUGGACAAACGCAUUGGCUCGUGAGAGGCACCGUUCGGGACAAUAUUCUCUGCGGGAAAGAUUUCAAUCCGAUUUUCUACGAGAAAGUGAUCGCUGCGUGUUGUCUUCAAAAAGAUAUAAAUAAUAUGCCUGGUGGUGAUCAAUAUGAGAUCAGUGACAAUGGAGCGACAUUGAGUGGAGGACAAAGAGCGCGAAUAUCUUUAGCGAGAGCUUUAUAUCAGGAUAACACCGUCUAUUUGUUGGAUGAUCCAUUCGCCUCGCUGGACAAACCGGUGGCGCAUACAAUUUGGACGGAAGCUAUCGAGAAAAUGCUUAAAAAUCGAGGGAAAUUGGUGAUCGUCAGUUGUCAUAAUAUUCAACUUUUGAACAAAGCCGAUCACAUUUUGAUGUUCAACAAAACGGGAUACAUGCAAAAAGAGGGCUCUCCAGCGGAAGUGUUCGAUCAGGAGCUGAUCCCGGAAAAUGUUGUUGAAAUAGAAUCUUCGGAAAAAGCACGGGAAGUCGAAGAAGAGAUCGAAUUCGUCGGGACACAAGAUGAAGAGAAACAGACCGGAAGUGUGAAAGUUUCAAUUUAUGGAGCCUAUAUGAAAUCGGCGGGAAUUUUCCUUUCAGUCGCCAUCAUGGGAGCACUUUUAGCAAUGCAGGUAAGCAAAAAUCUCGCUGAUAUGUGGUUGGCUGAAUGGACGGCUUGGACGGGGGAAAAUGUGACAAAAGUGGAAGAACAGAAUAAUUGGAAAGGAUUGUUAUCUGGAGAAAGGCAUUAUGAACUUCUCACCGAUUCGGAUUGGGAUCGAUCAAUCUAUUUCCUUUGUGUUUACGCAAUCAUUGCUGCCGCAAAUACAAUCUUCACAUUGAUUCGCGCUUUCCUUUUCGCUUACGGUGGAGUGGCGGCAGCGAAGAAAUUGCAUAAAAAACUUCUCGUGAAACUUUUAAAGGCUUCUCUACAAUGGUGGGAUCGUACUCCGUCAGGACGGGUGAUUAAUCGAAUGUGUUCUGAUGUCUACACUGUUGAUGAUAAUCUACCGUUUCAGUUGAACAUCGUGCUCGCCUCACUCUUCAAUCUGAUCGGCACUCUCGUCGUCACCCUAAUCGGUCUUCCAAUUCUCGUACCGAUCGUGCUCGCUCUUUUCAUCAUUUACUAUUUCACUCAGCGAUAUUAUCGACGUACAACUGUUGAACUUAAACGGCUUACUUCCGUAUCGUUAUCUCCUCUAUAUUCUCAUCUCUCCGAUACAGUCAAUGGAUUAGCCACAAUUCGGGCACAUCGCUUUGUGAAUAGAAUGACACAUAAACUCCGGGAGAAACUGUCAGCAUCAUUGAGGGCUCAGUUCAGCUCGUUGGCUGCCGGGAAAUGGUUGGCAAUUCGUUUAUCGCUUAUUGCAGUGGCCGUUGUGAGCGCCGUCUCAUUGGGUGCCAUCAUUCAGCAUCGAAUUCAUCCAGUUGAAUCAGGUUUAAUCGGUUUGGCGAUCACAUAUGCUUUGUCAUUGACCUCAUUACUGAAUGGACUCUUGGGAUCGUUUAUUGAAACCGAAAAGGAAAUGGUUUCUGUUGAAAGAAUCGAUGAGUACAUUCGAGAGGUGAACGAGGAAAAAGAUGAGAAAGAAUUCGAGUUGCCUACAACGAAUCUAAAGAUCGAUUUUGACAAAAUCUCAUUAAGAUAUGAGAAGGGAUUACAAUUGGCGCUGGAUAAAGUCGAUUUAAGCGUUACACCCGGCGAACGAGUGGCGAUCAUUGGAAGGACUGGAAGCGGAAAGAGUAGUCUAUUUCAGGCACUUCUGCGUGGUGUCUCAUUGGAGUCUGGAAAAAUUACCAUUUCUGGAGUCGACAUUGCAAAAGUUGGACUUGAUGAGUUGAGAAAGUGUUUCGGUCUUGUCCCGCAAAAUCCUUUCCUUUUCUCGGGGACAUUGUGGGAGAAUUUGACGGUCGACUCGGAAAUGGAAACUGAUCGGGGAAUCGUUGUGAGACUCGUGAGAAAUGCUGGAUUGGAAAACCUAAUCGAACGGGUUGGCGGCUUGGACGGAGAAAUCGCUGAAUCGGGAAGCAAUUUAUCGCAUGGAGAGAAACAAAUCAUUGCGCUGUGCCGUGUUUUGAUCAGAAAACCAAAAAUUGUUUUAAUCGAUGAAGCCACAGCUCACUUGGAUUCGAUUUCACACGAGAGAAUGCUUGGAUUGAUUAAACAAGAGCUUCCCUCGUGCACUCUUCUCUCGAUCGUUCACAAUUUGCACGGUUUGGAUUCGUAUGAUCGCGUGAUCGAGAUGGAAAACGGGAAAAUCCGAUGGCAUGGACCGCCACAGCAAAGGCAUCAA